CUUUUAAACGGUGUAUUUUUGGGGAUGUUCAAAAUGAAACGAUAUUCUCUCUUCAAAAAACAUAGACCCACUAUAUAUAAUUUUAGAUCUUAUGAAGAAAUUGACCAUAAUUAUCAAUAAUGCUAAAUUAGAAACAGCCUAAGACUUAGAUGACACUUUAAAUCUGUAAUAAAAUUAUAGAACUUUCACUACAGCAGAAGCACUAAAUUUUGAAUUUGCUGUUUUAUUUUUGACUGUGAUUGGAGCACUGUUCAUCUUCAAAGGAAUUGCAAUUCCUAUUCAAAUUGUAAUAGGUGGAUACAUAGAUUGAAAAGCAAGUAAUUGACUUAAGGAAAUAAAAAAGAAAAAGCUAGAGAUUUACAUAAAUUAUUUUUGAUGAAUAUAGAUACAUCGUAAUAUUAUUUUAUUAUCUAUC